GCUCCACAGCGGAGACGUCUGCUAUAGGGCUGCUGUGGAGGCUGGCUGCCCACUGAUUCAAAAACACCAUCCUCUGCCUCUCAGGCUCAGGAGAGAGGGAGGUUUACGCUGAGAAGGGGGGCCACGGCACAUUGAGGAAAGAGAACAGAAGGGGAAAAAGGAGAGAAAAAAAAGGAACACGUCGUUCCCAUUGUCUUUCCUUCAUUCCUGCACUGAGAGGGGGGGAUGCCUUUGACUGCCUCUGCUUCGCUGGAGCUGAGAUGUACAGACGCGGGCAGCGCAGCUGAGAUCUGCAUUGCUUAGGAGGGGCUCUUCCCCCGGCGAGAGAACGGAAAACACAUCCAUCGCAGGAAUCAUAAUCAAACAGACCAUCAGAUUCCCCAACACAAAGAGUGAAGAUAGCAGGAUAUUGAAAAGGCGUGUGUGUACGGGAUCUGCCCAGCCAGGGAGUCAGGAAAGAUGGAAGCCCCCUUGGUGUGCCUCGAUGAAGACUUUGAGGACCUGAGACCCUGCCAGGUGGAGAAGAGGAGCCAGCUCCCCCCGCGCCCCGCUGGGACCGCCCCCCUGGCGCGGGAGGAGUUCUCCGAGCUGGAGAACUUCUCCGAGAUGAUGAGCUUCAAGUCCAUGGAGGACCUGGUGAACGAGUUCGAUGAGAAGCUCAACGUUUGCUUCCGCAACUACAACACCAAGACCGAGGGCCUGGCCCCCGUGCGCAGCCAGACGCACAUCGAGGAGGAGGAGGAGCUGCUCCAGGACGAGGAGGUCUGGGAUGCUCUGACUGACAACUACGCGUCUUCUACGAGCUCCAGCUGGGACGACCAGAAUACAGAGGGGCUCAACGGCAAUCUCUCUGACCAGGAGGUCCACGAAAAAGAAGAAGAAAUGAAUGAGAAGAAUGACAACACCAACUGUCUGAAUGAGGAACCUCUUGUUACUGCUGAUCAGGUGAUCGAGGAGAUAGUGGAGAUGAUGGAGAACUCCCCUGACCCAGAGGAAACUGAGGAAGAGGAGGAGGAAGAGAGCGGGCAGUCCUCUCCCCCGCCCAACCCCUCUCUGCUGGAGGAGAUCCGAGUCCUCUCUCACGCCUCCAACAACAACUGCUCUUAUGAAGGCCUGCAGCUGAUGCCCACCUCCGCGCUGUCGGAGCUGCUGCAGCGGGUGGAGGCGACUAUCCGCGAGUUCUCCGAGGAGCUGGUGACCCAGCUGGCGCGCCGCGAGGAGCUGGAGUUCGAGAAGGAGGUGAAGAACGCCUUCAUCACCGCGCUGAUGGAGGUGCAGAACCGGCAGAAGGAGCAGAGGGACCUGACCAAGCGCCGGCGCCGGGAGAAAGGCAUGAGCCUGCAGGGCACAGCCAGGGCGGACAAGGCCGGAUCUAUGCCUGUGAAGCGCUUCAGUAUGGAGGGGCUGUCCAACAUUCUGCAAACAGGGAUCAGACAGACAUUUGGGAACUCAGGGACAGAGAAACAGUAUUUAAACACAGUGAUUCCCUAUGAGAAAAGAAGCACACCUCCCACAGUGGAAGACCUUCAGAUGCUCACAAAAAUCCUUUAUGCAAUGAAGGAAGACAGUGAGAAAGUGCCAACUUUAUUAACCGACUACAUUUUGAAAGUGCUGUGUCCUACUUAAAACAGCCACAGGCCCGGGAGAAAACAAUGGACAGCCUGCAACUAUUCUAUCUUCAGCCAAAUCUGCAUGAGCUCCCCAUUCAUUAUUAAUGAUGCAUCAUUGUACGUACCUCAUCCUGGUCCUGAAUAAAACAGUCUUUGCUGAUA